CUCCAUCAGUGCCGAGAAUGGAAGUGAAGUUGGAGGUUUUGUUGUCGUCCAGCAUCAAGCGCAGAAAGCCGUGGCCCAGAUUCUGCUGGCUGGGCAGGGAAAAGGAGGGUGUCUUUCUAUUAGAUGACAAUCGGAUCAGCGAAAUACAUUUGGUUUCGGGACGGACCAAAAAGAAGACCCCAAAGCUCCAGCCGCUGUUGCAGACGGUGGUGACCAUGUCAGCGUCUCCGGACGGCGUGUGGCUGGUGGGCCUUCUGAUCUCCGGAGAAUUGUUCCUGUGGAACAAAGACAAGGAUUCGGUGAAGACGGUCGCGGCUGUUCCUGAGGUUCAUCAGAUGCUCACUUCCAUCCGAGGUUCGGCGACUGCAAUGCGGCUUUCUCUGCUGGUUUCGGAGAAGGCACACAGAGUUUUCCUGGCCGCUGUCACCGGACCGGUGUUCCUCUGGGAAUGUUCUUCAGCUCAGGAUCUGAGCGGCCCGCGGGACACAACAGUCCCGGGACGCUGGAGUCAGAUAUCAGACCUCCCCAACAUUCAGCUGCCCUCCACCACAGACAAAGAGGCUUCGGUUCAGAGUGUGUUUGUGAAGAACCAGGCUGUAGGAGAUGUGUGUCUGAGUGCAUUCGUCUUCGUUGCUGAAGCGCAGCUCGUUGUCACCUUUCUGAAGAUCCAGUGGGACUCGACGUGGGACAACAAACUCAGUUCGGCAGGUUUCAGUGUCGGCUGCGUCUCUCAGUCGUUCCCGCUCGACCAGCUCCAGCCUCCGUGUAAACCGGUGAAGUCCAGAGGCGCUCUGAUCCCGGCCUUCUCUCCGGACGGUCGACUCCUCGCCCUCGUCCUCAACCAGAAAGACCCGCAGGCGACGCAGGUGCUCUUCAUCAGCACUCAGAACUUUGUGACCGUGUUCAGUCUGUUGGGAGGAUGUGGUGUUAAGACGCUCAGUAUACCAGCAAAAUAUAUGAGGUCGUACUGGGUCGCGUCUGUGAGCUGGACUCCUGAAGGACUUUAUCUGGCCUGUGUGCUGAAGAGAGGCUCUCUGCUGAUGCUGGCUCGUCUCGGGGGACUCGUCUCGCUCUCCACGACAGGAUGCAGCGUUGAGUUCGGUGCCGCCCACUUCCUGCCUCUUCACCCGCUGGUCACCUUCAGAGCUCCAGAGGCGUUGCAGACGCAGGACGUGUCCAGCUCCAGCGUGUCGCUCCGAGACCUGAUGAGACAGCGCUUCUCCGUCACGUGGCAUCCUCGCCAGCCGCUCCUCAUCGUGUCUGACGGCUACAUGGUGACUGUGCUGCGGAUGAGCGAGCGUCCGUCUGCUGCGGCGGUGAUGAGCGCCGCCCUGCUGGACGCUGCGCAGGGGCUGGAGCACACACAGAGGGUCCUGGGCUCGGCUCAGCCUCAGUUCAGGUCCUGGCUGGAGUCCAUGUCCUCUCUGACGUUCACAGGAAGUCUUCAGCCUCUUCAAGAGAAAGAAACGGCGCUGUCUUCUCUUCCUGUGUAUCUGCAGGAGACAGCAGACCUCACACAGUUCACUGAGAGAGCUCAGGAUGAUGAAGACCGUGAUUCUGAUGAAGGUCUGUACAUCUGUUCACGCACUGAAGACGGAGGCCAGCUGGAGUUUGCGUCUAUGUUUGACACUCUUCACGCUCCGUCGUCCUCGGGUCUUCAGGGCGAUCUGGACCGGGUUCACCGGAGCCUCACGAGAGCCUGGGCUCUGGGCGUUUCUCUGGGCGGCUCGGUCCAGCAGAGAGAGCGUCUCCUCAGGUUCACCGUCCUCUGUGUGGCUCGUCUCGUGAGACUCCUCCAGCUCAGGAAGAGCAGGGGCACGUGGGUCACUCUCGCCCUUCACACCCUCGGGACGCUGCUGUCGUUUCUCCCGUGGGACGCCGAGCGCACCGCAGGACGAAGCUGUCUGGGCAUCGCUGUAGAGCUCACUAGAUGCUUCGUGGACAUGUUUCUCCCGCUUUCCUCCUCCGAUUUAACACUGUCCUCUCAGAACUUCAGCGCAGCGCUCGUCGUCCUCCAGCGAGCGUCUCGGUGUGUGGAUCAGACCUACAGCCUCCCGCCGAGAGCAGUGCAUCAUGGGAAGGAAGGCCAGCUGACAUAUUCCUCGGACAUGUUUUCUGUCCCACUGUUGCAAGACGAUGCUGAUGCCGAGACAGGAACACAAACAGCACCUUCUCAUAGGUUGGUGGUGAUCUGGCGUGAGGUGUACAAAAGGGCUUUGGGGUUCCUGGAGGAACUACAUCACCGCAGAGGCGUAAAAAAUGAGCUGGAGAAGAUGUCAGUUAUCAUUCCUCUCCAGCGAGCUUUACAGUCCGCCGGAGACCGUCUCGAGGAGAAACACACACUGCGGAGUUUCAGCGGUGAGCAGCACUUUAUUUUAGGAGAAUAUACAGAGAGCGUUCAGGUUUGGAGGACUCAGCUGAGGGCAGAGAGACAGAGAGUGGGUCCGAUGACGUGUUUCCUGGAGACUCGCUGCGGUCUGGCUCUUCUCUACACGCUGCUCUUCCAGUAUCGACUGCGAGAGGCUCAGGGUCUGUGUGACCGUCUGGCUCGUCAGUUACACACACCGACAGGACGACAGGAAGAGGAAACGCAAGGAGAGCCUGAUGAGGGUCUGGUGGGGCGUGAAGCGGCCUGUGCUGUGGUUCAGUCUCUGGGCAGGUUUAUGGCGGCGUACUUCACCAACCGUCCGCUCUUCAUCCUCCCGCCACACAACGUCGACGUGCUGCCGCCUCUUCACUUACCACACGAUGCUAGUGGACGUGUGGUGGAGUUGUGUCAGACUGCUGUAUCGCAGGCGGUGCGCUCCGAGCAGCUCUCGGCUCUGUGGACGGUGGAUUACGCUCUGGAGCUGCUCCUGCUGGGAGGAUUGAUGCCCGAGGCCUCGUGGAUGGCCCUGCGGCUGGGAGACUGGAAGAUGGCAGCCGCUCUCGGCUUGGCCUACAGCAACUACUGCACGGGACACUUCCACAUCAGCAGCCUGCGCUGGAGAGAGCUGCACCUUCCCACCGAGCUGAAGCCUGCCGUGAUAUUCCAGGAUCAGCUGGAGAUGUUACUGGACCGAAUGACUGGCUCUGAAGCACAUGCUAACACAGGCGCAGUGUGUGUUGAGGACAUGGAUCUGGUUCAGGACUCUGUGCAGGAGAUCCUGAAGGCGUCUGUCAUGGCGGAGGUGGACGUCAUCUCUCAUCCUCUAACACGACUUCUGGACGCAGCCAAAGAGAGAGCGAUGUCACUUCCUGCUCUGGUUCCUCCUGCGUUCUACCUUCCUGCUCCUCCGCUGUACUGUCCACAGCCUUCACCGAACACACAGGACUCUGUGAGAGAUGCAGCUCUGGUUCUGGAGAGGGAGUCUCGCUGCCAGGUUUCUGGGUUGGUUCAGAAGGUUCUGAUGCUCUUCAGAGCGGCACACAGCUCUCGGCCCGCGGCGCAGUGGUACAUCAGCAGCCUGCAGCGCUGCAGACACCUACAGCACAAGAUCUGGAAGAAAGCGUCUGAACCCAAAGCCGAAUUGGUUCCUGAUGGACUGAAGAAAUUUUCCACCCAUCGUGGGUUCUUCCAAUCAGGGCCCAGCAAAGACAUGGAUAGGGUCACUACGCAAAUCAUAAUAUGUUUCCGUGAGUUGUGUGCACUUUGCUGGAUGCUCCAUGUGAGGGACCAGCUCAGCGUUUCCUGUAGAAAGUACCAGGCUGCAAGGCAACAGGAGAAAGACACUGCGGUCAGUGUGUCAGAUCUGUGUGUUGAGGCUCUGUGCUGGGCGCGCCGCCUCCUGCCGUUCUGCCAUUUCCUGAACGCAGAGGAAGCCCUGCAGGACUUAGUGCUCAGCCUUGUGUCUGAACUGCCGCCCAGUCGUGUGACGGCAGAAACUCUAGCGAAAGUGUUUCCUGACGAGACGGAGUCUGUUCGCGUGCCGCUGCGGGAUAAGUACACGUCGCUGGUGCAGAGACUGAGACCCGUGAUAGUGCCAGACACCUUGACACCAGAUUUGCCACCAGGAAGCAUUAGGGAAGAUGAGGGUGGCGAUACCAUGAUGAUUCUGAUCCAGGAUCAGCUGAGGAAGCGACGCCGGGAGCUUCGGCGUCUGGCAAAGUACCUGGGUGCACCGGAACCGUACCUGUGGGAGAGAGAAGAGGAGGAGGACAGAGGAGGUGCUGCCUCCAUACUGAAGCACCUCUCUCUCGGGACUAGUUUGAGUGACAGCACGCUGACGGACUGUGGGCGCCCCCUAGUGUACAGUGAAGGAGACACGGCCGAGACGCUGUCUGAGCCUCUUUCCCCAGAGCUGCAGACCAAAUCUGCACACAGUUCUAAGACUGCUAAAUUUCAGGAUGCACAUGAGAAAUCAACUCAAGAAAGAAAAGGAGAUAAUAGAUCCUGCACAGUGGAACCCAAAGCACCAGACUCGACUGUACCCACAGUGGGAACCUGGGAGUUUGAGCUGGAGGAUGAGGAGUACACGCUCUUCCUAGAUUUGUUCCUCAGCUACAUGCUAGGAAAAGACAGACUGGACGCUGAGGAGUCCGAGCUGCCUUUACUAAGUGCUUUCUCACAACAGCUCCGUACGAGAGAGCUGCACUCGGUGACCUUUGACAUGCUGACCACUCUCAAACGCCGUCAGAAGGAUCGGAAACGAAGUGUGCAGUUGCCUCUCUUCCAUGCCGGUCACUGCUUCCAAACUCUCCCGGAUGCUCCCAGACCUCCGUCGUCCAUUCAGUUCGACGCUCGUUCUACGUCCCCUUGUGCUCUUCCUGGACUCCAUACUGGGAAACAUCAAGGUCUUUUUGCACUUCGUCGACAGGCUUCCUUAAUGUCCAAAGAUGUAAAAGUAAAUCCGAUUGGCACAGACGUGGAGUCGACAGUCUUUAAGAUCCUCUCUCAGGAUGAUCUAGAUGUUCAGAUGGAGCUGGACUCCUCUCUGGAGGCCAGGUUUCCUCAGCUAGCCCGGCUGCUGGAGUGGAUGAUGCGUUGGGCCGAAAGACGGGUUCUGCUCUCUCAGCCAAUCAGAAAGACCUCAGAGGGCUCUGGUGAUUCGGUGGUCAUCAGGGUCAAAGCUUCGACCCCUGCAGUGCUGAUAGCGCUUGAGCUGCUAAAGUGGAGGUACAGCGCCGCCCUGCUGGGAGAAAACUCUAAUCACUCCCAUUCUAAGAGGGAGGAGCCUGUCGCUCAGCCAAUCAGAGAGAGCAGUGUGGACACGGGUUACCCGGGGUCAGCAGGGACGCCCAUCACACUCCCAGAGCUGGACGUCCAAGAUGCGCGUGAAGCCGAGGAUGUGGUGGAUCCGCUCUCUGAACACGAGGACACAGAGAUGAUGAUCGGAGACAUCACACAGACGUCUGCAGCUACAGACGUGGUUUUGUUUACAGAUGAGAGCAGCGCCGCUGAUGUCACCGAGGCAUCAUUGUCCAAUCAGAGCAGAGCUCCCAGAGAUCAGACAUUAACCCUCGCUGAUCUACAGCGUCCAGUCACAGAUGAACAUUCAUCACAAUCACUAUCGGAGGAAAAACACGUCUCCUGUGCGCCGCUGGACAGACCUGAGCUCGCAGCUUCAGCCGGCGUUCAGCAGACAGACGCACCGUCAUUACCCAUGAUUCCCGGCGCUGAAGCCCCUCAGAGUGACGGCGUCAGACAGCUGCUCCAGGACGAGCUCUUCAGACUAGUGCAGCUUCAGCAAAUCAACUUCAUGAGUCUCAUGCAGGUUGUUGGAGCGUCUUUCUCAAACCUGCCGCUGUCUCAAACCAACCUGCUUCAGUCCAGUGCCACACCUGCACAGCGCCAGUCUCAGCCCGCCUCUUUUACCCAGAAUGCCCAGCACACCAACCUCCCGACACAAGCCAGUGGACUGGAAAGGGUUAAUAACAACCAGGAUUUCCAUCCUGUGAAUGUGAAUUGUGGAUCUGAUCUGAAUCCAGAACAGAGAAACCCAACCCGCAUACCUCAGGAAGUGCCGCAGUUGAGCGUGCGCUCUGAUUGGCCGGAGGAUGGAGGAUCUGGUGGCAGGGGUUUGAUCCCGAGGUCUCGUGGUCUUCUGAGCACCGCUGUGGAUCAGGCGUCUCUGCACGGACUCAGACUCCUGCAGCUUCCUGUGAGAGAGGCCUGGGGUCCGAAUCUCCCCCCCGCUCCGCCUGACCCCCCGUGUGUCCAGAGAGCACCUUCAGCCUCCAUCAGCCUCCAUCAGACGCGCCGCUGUAGCGCUCCUGCUCUUCCUCUGCUGCGCUUUCACCCAGAUCCCCAGCGGCCCGUGACGCUGCCUCGUAUCCCACAAUCCACCGGGGCACACCUGCCCUCAAUUCAGCUGCUGCACAGAGAGCCGGAUCCACCCGCCGCUGUUGAGCGCUUCAGCAGGGCUCCGGUUCGAACAGCUCGUCUCAUCCCGCUGCAGGAGCUGUUGAGACGGACCCCUGCGAUGCAGAUGGGUGCCGCGACCAGACUACAGCUCUUAAAGACCAACCCAGUCCCGGAGAACAAGAGCACAAGCAGCCCGUCCGUCAAGAGACGGAAGAGGAGAGAAGAGAAGAAGAAGGAGGAGAAGAUCACGGUCACUUUCAGAGCGGAGGACUCCAUCAUUCCUCCGGAGGAGCCCAAAACUGUAUUAGCUGCAGAAGAUCAGAACGACGGAUACACCUUUCCUCCAGAUGUAGUUGACCCGUCCAUGUCUCUCUGCUCAGGCUCGUUUGACUCUGAGUUGACGGGACGGCGGUUGUUGGACAAAGCUUGGGUCACCUCGGCUGAGCUGCAUGCCUUCGCCUCCACACAGAAGAGAGCUCCAGAGAUCCAGGACGCCUGCACAAACACUGAAGAACCGUCUCGCCCCUUCACAGAGGAAGCUGUUCCCGUCCAGCUGCCUUCAUCUCCCAGCAUGCCCUCUGCUCCUGGAGGAGGGCUGACAGAUGUGGCUCCUGGCGUUCCUCCAGAUGUUUUCUUGAAUCUUCGCUACUCUAAAGAAAAAUCAUUCGAUCCGGAGAACAGAAGUCCUGUGGAGUCUGACGUAGAUCUUAAUCCAGAGGGACGACGGUUCAUCAACGUGAUCGAUCUCACAGACGACUCUCUGCUUCAGGAUCUGCCCUCAUCUGCUCAGCUCCACCUACUAGCAGCGUCUGUCGUAAACCCCGCCCACAAACCUGUCUCAAGCCCCGCCCCUAACCACGCUGAGCACUUGACUGAGAGUCCGGCUGGAGAGAAUCCAGAUUCCAGAUUUUCAAAUAGUUGCAUCUCAGACAUCAAUGGAGAGAGGAUUUGUUCAGGUCCCUCGGUAGUGUGCGAGUCUCCUGAAGCCGUUCUCGGUGGAGACCCCGUGUCUCUGAGCGUCCUGACCGGUGUUCGGUCGUCUCCUCCGCCCGCUCUGGACCGGAUGCUGAUGUCCAGGAGUCAGAUCUCAGCGCGGCUCUCAGAGAUGGACGCUCAGCUGCUCAGACUCCAGAGCAUCGCCGAUCACAUGGACCGAGAGUUCGCCAGCACUCGACUGCUGGUGAACACUAUCGAGACUCUGAGUCCUUCAGCGAUGGAGAAGAAACCUCAGUCCAGCUCUCUCCGAGUCAUACGUGAAGUGAGGAGUUCCUGUCCUUCACCGCAUCGGUUUGGAGCGACGACUGAGCGAGAGAGAGAAGAUGAGGAGGUCUUGUCUUCUCCUGCAUUGCAUCACGAGCGCUUUCCUCCGACAGUGAAACUGGAGCCGUGCGAGCGAGAUCCUGAUCCUGAUCUGAAGGAGGAGACUCUCGGUGUCAGCGGCCUCAGUGACGUUAAAGACAUUCUGUGUGAGUUAAUCAGGGACGGUGCUUUGUCCCGAUCAGCGCUGGAUCUGUCCCGAUCGGGAACGCUUCAUCGCAGCAGGUCAGAGGUCGAGCCGAGCGGAGCCAUGAUGGAGGAGGAGCGCAGGGAUCUGAGGAUGUGGAUGAGGAGGAAACAGAGAGAACGACUGAUAGAGUACAGAAAACAGAGAGAAGAGAAGAGAGAGAGAGAGCACAGACCCUUCAUCUCUCCAGUUAAACACCAGAAUCUGACGUCUGUGGAUCUGGCAACCAGCAAGAGAACCAAAGCAGAGCGAGACAGGCUGCUGCUUCAGGAGCAUCAUGAGCGGAGAGCGCGUGACGCCUGCGGUCUGAUCUCUGAGCUGCUCACCUCGCCCUUCAGUCUUCCCACAAUCCCACAGCAGAGCCUCAGGAGCACCACUGAGUCCUCAGGGAAAAAGAAGAGGAUUCCCAGGAGUCAGAGCGGACCGCAGGGAUCUCUGGGGAAAACCGUCACGCUUCAGAGGAAACCUGCUGCUACAACACACGGCUCUCUGAGCCGCAGACUCGGCCUGCACAGACCAGCCAGCGCUCUUCCGGCCGAUCGGUUAUCCCAGGUCACUCGCCGCGGGAUGCUGUCUGACCCCAGGACCAGACCAGAGAAGAAGAAGACCACCCAUCAGACAGAACAGAGAGAAGUGAAAGAGAGAGAUCAGACGCAUGAGAGAGACGAGGACGAGGACAUCAGAGCGGGCUGUGAGGAUGAGGAUGAGGAUGAUGAGGAUCUCCUGCGUGGUCUGGAUCUGGACGCUCUUUCUCAAAGCAGCGGCAGCGUCCUGAGCAAACUAGACUGGGCGGCGAUCGAGAGGAUCGUGUCCGAGCAGCAGUGAACGACCAGCUGCUGCUGACUGUGAAUCAGUGUGUGUGUGUGUGUGUGUGUGUGUGUGUGUGUGUGUGUGUGUGUAUCAUAUGUGCCUCGACUGUUUGAGCAGAAUAAACAGGAAUCUUUGGCAGCUGUGUGGUGCUCUUGGAUUCUUACGACUCAUUGAGUCAUUGGCGUUUCUGCUGAACACUAAAGAAGAUGUUUUUUUGAGAGCGAACAGUUGACGGCCAUU